AUGAGUUAUACGACGAUGCCCAUUAGCAUGAACAAAUUGGAGGGUUCCUCUGCUAAAACGGCAGAUCAUCCCACGAACGGCUUCACACAUACACACAUAUCUUCCGAUUUGAGCCCGGCGCAAUCGCCAUCUCCGGCUCCAUCGCAACAAGAACUCGAGCAGAUAUGGGAAUGGAACGCUACAGUGCCGGAAGUGGUCCAGGGCUGCGUUCACGACUUGAUUACAGAGAUAGCCGAGAGCCAGCCAGAUGCAUUGGCAGUUUCUGCCUGGGACGGCGACUUCAGUUACAUUCAGCUCGAUGCUCUGGCGAAUGAGAUGGCCCGUGGCAUCGCUUGUCUCACGAUUCCUCCUGGAUCGUUCAUACCCAUCCUGUUGACCAAGUCAAAAUGGACCCCAAUUGCUAUGCUAGGGAUCAUUAAGGCAGGAUAUGCGGCCAUUGCUCUUGACACAACACAGCCUGAUGCAAGACUAAGAUCCAUUGUCGAGCAGACGGGGCCAAAGAUCAUUGUUUCGUCCUCCGCACUUUGUGGGAGAGCUCGUUCACUGGCAGAUAUGCCCGUGUUCCAGAUUGACGAUGAGCUUUCGGGCGCGGCAGCUCACCCGUCCGAGCAUUCAACUCAUCUGCCAGACGUUUCGCCAUCGGACAUAGUCUAUAUCUCCUUUACCUCCGGCACGACUGGACAGCCUAAAGGCGCCUGUAUCAGCCACGCCAACGUGAGGAGCGCUGUCUUCCAUCAGGGUGCAAAACUGGGCUUUCACCGAGGAUGCCGCACCUUCGACUUCGCUCCAUAUUCUUUCGAUGUAGCAUGGAGCAACUUCCUUCAUACUAUUUGUGCGGGUGGCUGCCUCUGUAUCGCGCGGGAUGAUGACAUGCUGAGAAACUUGUCCGCGAGUAUCACCUCUUUCAAAGCAACACUCAUCAACAUUACUCCAACGGUACUGCGGACUCUCAAUCCCAUCCCGUCGACGCUACAGACAGUCCUCCUGAGUGGCGAAAUGCCCUAUCGCGAAAACGUGACUCAAUGGGCAGGACGCGUGAAGCUCUUGAACACUUACGGGCCAACCGAGUGCACUUUCAAGUGUGCCUUCUCUGUCAUUGACCCUUCCCAGGAGGAUCGUCCAGACAUCGGAAAAGGAAUGGGCUUCUCUACUUGGCUUGUCGACCCACUCGGAGGUGAUGGAUUGGUGCCCAUCGGCUCAGUGGGAGAGCUAUGGCUCGAGGGCCCUCUUGUUGGCCAAGGUUACCUGGGCGAUCCUCAGAAGACGGCUUCAGCUUUUAUCAGUGAUCCCAAGUGGCUGCUUGCUGGAAGCAAUGACUUCAAUGGCAGACCGGGACGACUUUACAAGACAGGAGAUUUGGUGAGGUAUACGACUGAUGGCAGAUUGUCCUUCAUCGGUCGCCAGGACACUUCCCAGCAGAAGGUCAGGGGCCAAAGGGUCGAGAUUGGGGAUGUUGAGCACCACGUGCAGGCGUGCUUGGGCAACACUGUCCCAGCAGUCGUAGAGGUUAUAGUCCCUCAGGGCGGCGACAGCAAAUCUCUGGCCUUGUUUGUCGAAGUCAAAGGCCAGGACAAGAACGAGGUGAAGCGCUCGAUCGACGGCCUUGCGGACAAAAUGCGAGAGGUGUUGCCAGCCUUCAUGAUACCUAGUAUCUACCUGCCGAUUGACAAAAUGCCGGUUGCUUCGACUGGCAAAGUAGAUCGACGCCGUCUCAGGGAGAUGGGAAGCUCAAGGACCUGGGGCGAACUCUUGGCGUUGCAGUCAACAAUCAUGUCCGACAACCAGUACCACCAACCUCAUGACGGGAUUGAACGACAACUCGCCGAUAUCUGGGCAACGGUUCUAGGAUUGGAUGGCAACCAUGUCAGCCGGACCGAUAGCUUCCUUCGGCUGGGAGGUGACUCCAUAGCAGCCAUACGGGUGGUUGCUGCCAGUCGAGAGAAAGACCUUGUGCUGAGCGUCGCAGACCUGUUCACAGCCCCAGUCCUUCACGAUCUGGCCGAGGUCACCAGAAGUCGGGAUCAUUCGCAAGACCAAGAAACCAUUCCACCAUUCUCCCUGCUCUCUGGCGCGAGGAAUCAUACCAGUCUCUGUGAAGAAGCUGGGAAACUAUGCGAUGUCGAGCCACCCGACAUCGAGGAUGUGUACCCGUGCACACCACUUCAGGAGGGAAUGCUAUCUAUGACGGCAAGGAAAGACUCCAAGACCACAUACGUAUCGAGGACUGCUUUUGAGCUACCAGAACACACGGACGUGGGUAAGCUUCAGAGUGCCUGGGAAAAGACUGUCCAGGAUGCCGCCAUCACUCGCACACGCAUCGUGGACAUCCCAAAGGAAGGCCUCGUGCAGGUCGUCGUGAAGGGACCAAUACCAUGGCAUAGAACGUCGAACCUCGAGGACUUCUUCGCUGUUUCGGAGUUAAUGGGUCUGGGCACCCCGUUGUGUAGAGCCGGAGUGGUGGCGACCAAUACCACGCUCAGUUUCGUUCUAGAGAUGCAUCAUGCUGUCUUCGAUGGAUGGUCGAAUGCACUCAUCCUGGACGCGGUUGAGAUGGCUUACCGUCAAGGCCACACUCAAUUACAACCCUUCUCGCCCUUUCAGUCAUUCAUUAAAUAUUUGUCUUCCACCACGAGCGACGAAGCGACCGCGUUCUGGCGAGAUCAGCUCAUCAACUCCGAGGCCACAGUCUACCCCCCUCCCAGUUCUCACCCGAAGCAGAAGCUGGACACGGAUCACCAUGUGUCUGGCUUACAGUGGCCACAGAGUGGAAUCACCCGGUCGUCAGUCGUUCGUUCAGCACUGUCACUCCUGUUAGCUGCUUACACCAACUCCGACGAUGUCAAGUACGGAGCCACUGUUAGCGGCAGAAGCGCUGCGGUCCCGGGUGUAGAUCGAAUCGCUGCUCCUACCAUAGCCACAGUCCCAGUCCGAGUGAAGUUCGAUUGGGAUCAGACGGUGGAAAGCCUACAACAUCAGAUUCAGAGACAGGCGGUUGCCGCGACCCAAUAUGAGCAGCUCGGCCUUCAGCGCAUUCAGAGCAUUGAGGACAUCAAAGAGGCCAGUCAGUUCCAGCUCUUGCUCGUAGUGCAGCCAGCACAGCGAGGGAGUAGCCAAAAGCCAGGAGGCUUGUUCUCUCAGGCGAAGACUGUCGUUACGGCUACCGACAUUACCAGAGAGAACGGUACAGACGAUACCUAUGAUCCGGCGAAAGACGAAGCGCCAUCGACUUUGAAGCUCGUGACGAAAGACGGGCACGUCGACAGCAUGGGUGCCUACAACUCCUACGACAUGAUGAUCAUAGCCCAGUUAGAGGACACUGGCAUCACCCUAAAGGCCAACUACGACACUGGGGCGAUCGAGCCAAAGGCCGUCCAACGCAUGCUCAUGCAGCUGGAACACUUGCUCCGACAACUUUGCGAUACUGGGCUUGCAGCUAAUAAGCUCUCAACCAUCGAUGCUCUCACCAAGGAUGACGCCGACCAUAUCUGGAUGUGGAACAGAUCACUACCCGAAGCAGUGAGCGAGCCCGUGACUGCCAUGGUGGAUAGCUGGGCCGCGGAUGCCCCGAAUUCCACUGCUAUCUCGUCUUGGGACCAGACAUUAGAUUACGUCCAGCUUCAAGGUCUCAUAAUUAGCCUCGUGGAUCGUUUGCGGGAACGAGGUGUCGGUUUCGGGUCAAUCGUGGUGUUGAGCUUCGAGAAAUCGUCGUGGCUAGUAGUGUGCAUGCUUGCUGCACUCAGGAUAGGCGCGAUCGCACUCCCGCUCUCUUCUCCUACUUCAGCGCAACGUUCUCGUGAGGUUUUCGAGUCUAUCAAGCCGCAGUUCGUAAUCACGUCGACUCAACAAUCACCAUUUGAUGUCUUGAUCCCGACCCUUACUAUAUCCGACCUCUUACAACCCAGUCAACAACCGCAAACGAAUGGCUUCGACCUACAUCAAAGGACACCAGGGACGACUGACCCUGCUUUGAUACUCUUCACUUCCGGAUCGACGGGUACCCCAAAAGCGAUUCUCUGGAGUCACGCUGUCUUAUCCAGCAACGUCCGAGCCCACGCCGCCUCGUUCGGAGUCAAUAGCACCAGCAGGGUAUUCCAGUUCGCCGGGUACGACUUCGAUGUGAGCACAGUUGAAGCACUCUCAACCUUGGCCCACGGUGGCUGCCUAUGCAUUCCGUCCGAGUCAGAUCGCACCAACCGACUUGCCGCGGCUAUUAAUGAAGUCAACGCGAACUGGCUGUUCUUAACGCCCUCCAUUUUGGAGAACCUGGCCCCCGAGAAGAUACCAACAGUACAAACGAUCGCGACAGGAGGCGAGAAAGUGUCCGAGAGGCUCGUCUCGAAGUGGGUUGAGAGUGUGGAUAACGUGUACAACUGGUUUGGACCUGCUGAAGCCUCCGUUGCAGCGACGUACCGUUAUCAGAAAGCGCACUGGAAACCUGGCAUAAGCGGCCGAAGUACGGCUGGGCUGACCUGGCUUGUUGAUCCCAAGGAUUCGCACAAGCUGGCUCCGGUAGGGGCGGUCACUGAGCUGUGUAUGGAGGGGCCGAUCGUGGCAAGCUAUACCGGUGUUAGCGGUCCGGAUCUGAACGAGGCGACGUUGUUCUCGCCACGGUGGCUUUUGGACGGCUACGGGGAUGUGCCUGGUCGGCAUGCCCAUGUAUAUCGCACAGGUGACCUGGUUCGAUACGAUAGCGAUGGGGCGAUCAUCUUUCUGGGCCGGAAACAUGACUCCCAGAAAAAGCUACGAGGACAGCGGGUCGAGCUGGGUGACAUCGAGGUUCGCGCGCAAUCCUUUUUGUCAGGAAAGCUGGAUGUCAGGGUAGUGGCAGAGAUAUUCGCCCCAGCCCUGAGUGAUGUUGAGAUCCUGGCCCUGUUCAUCAGCCCGGGGAAAAUCGCGGACAUAAUUACAGCAACAGGUGAGAAUCUCACCCAAGACAUCGUCACGCGCGUCAAACAGUUGCUUCCCGUGGAUGAGCUAGAGGAAGACCUCUUGAGAUACCUCCCUACAUACAUGAUUCCGAAGGUCUACGUCCCCAUCCCCGAGAUGCCCAUGAAUAACUCAGCCAAGACAGACAGGCGACGUCUGCGUCAGAUAGGGAGUUCACUCACCUACGAAGAGUUGGCCGAAAUGCAACCUUCUCGUCGCGAAACCAGACAACCCUCCACAAGCAUGGAAAAGCGCCUGCAGAAGCUCUGGGCGGACACUAUCGGUAUCAGAACAGACGCAAUCAGUGCCAAUGACAACUUUCUUCGCCUCGGAGGCGAUUCUAUCACUGCUAUGCGGCUCGUAGCGUCAGCCCGUAACCAAGGCCUUGCACUGACCGUUGCCGACGUAUUCGAGGCGCCGCAGCUUGAGAAGAUGGCGAACAGGAUGAAGUACGAUGCGAGUUCUCCUGGACAGGAGAUACGUCCCUUUUCCCUACUUGGUCCUGACAUCAGCGAAAGCGAAGCUCGAUCGCAUGCUUCCCGGCUAUGUUCCAUACCAGAGUCCCGGGUGGUAGACGUGUUCCCGUGUACAGCUCUCCAGCAAGGACUGCUGGCGCUGGGCACCCGGAGGCUGGGUCGAUAUGUUUCUCGUAGCAUACUUGAACUGCAGCCAGAUAUUGAUGCGGACAAAUUGCGGACGGCGUGGCUGGCCACUGUCGAGAAAUUGCCUCUCCUGCGAACACGCAUCUUCGACCUUCCAGGACGCGUAUUCGUACAGGCUGUGCUCGACAACAACCCCCUACGCUCCACCAACGAUGUCAAUGCGGCCGCCUUGAUUGGACGCGUGUUUGUACUCACGAUUCAUCACUGCGUAUAUGACGGAAAUGUACUCAAGAUGAUUCUUGAAGAGUUCCAGGCGCAAUAUCUCGGAGAAGCAGGGAUGACCGUCACACCUUUCAAGAACUUCAUACACCAUCUCAGCAACAUCAACCCAGAGGAAGCAGCUAACUUCUGGAGAGGGCAGCUCUCCAAUGCAGAGCCGAAACAGUUCCCUGUUCUUCCUUCCGCAACGUACGAGCCGCAGGCAGAUGAGUACUUGUUGCACAACAUAGAAAUCGAAUGGCCAAAGACAGGGGUAACGGCGGCCACCAUCAUUCGUUCCGCCUGGGCCCUUCUUGCUACCCAAUACACGUCUUCUAGCGACGUGUUUUUCGGGCUCACUGUCAAUGGGCGACAAGCGGACAUGAGAGGGUUAGAAAACUGCGCCGGCCCUACCAUAUCAGCAGUGCCCAUAGCGAUUACUGUCGAUUGGGACGAGACGCUCCAGGGGUUUCUCAGUCGGAUGCAACGGCAUAUGACCGAGAUAACUCCCUACGAACAGUACGGCCUGCAGAACAUCCAGCGACUCCGCGGAGACCUGGACCACGAUGCCCGUCUUCUCCAAACCCUCCUUGUGGUGCAGCCGGUGGCUAGCGGGAAAAGCCUCGACGAGGACAGCAUGCUUUUCAAGGCCCGCAGCUUCUCCUCCAACCUCGAUACGCUGGGCACCGACCCCUUCAACAACUACGCAUUAAGCGUGAUAUGCGAGCUUGCACCAUCGGAAUUGCGCGUCCGAAUGAGCUUCGAUGGCAAGAUCAUGGACAGGGAGCAGGUCGGCUGCAUGACAAAGCAAUUUGAAGCAGUUCUCAGACAGCUAUGUGCGGAACAGACCGGGAACGCGACGCUUGAUUCCAUUCAGACAGCCAGCAGCGACGACCUCGAUCUCUUCUGGGCCCAGAACGCGGAACUGCCUCCGGAACCGGAGCUGACAGUGCCUGAGCUGAUUGCCGAGAACGCGAGGAAAGAACCAGAUGCCGUUGCCAUCGAUGGUUGGGAUGGGCAGUUCACUUACAGGGAGUUUGACGAUCUCUCGACCUUGCUUGCGCGAGGCUUGAUCAGUCUGGGGGUGAAGCCACGGUCUGUCGUUGCGCUGAAUUUUGAGAAAUCGAAGUGGGUGCAUCUAAUCCAACUCGCUGUCCUGAAAGCUGGGGCGGUCGAAACAGUGCAGUCUCUUGCUGUACCAGACCUUCGCAUCAAAACCGUCUUCGAGAAUAUCGGAGUGGUCCUCGCAGUCGUCUCGGAAACACGCCGUGCAAUAGUCUCGGCUUACGCACCCUGCUAUACCGUGCAGGAAUUGUUGAAUAUCUCAGAUGCUGCUUCCCACGGAGGAGAUCCUGUCAGUCUGCCGACCCAGAGCAUGGAGGACCCGGCCGUGAUUCUUGUAUCGUCAGGCAGCACAGGCCAGCCCAAGCAGGUCCUCUGGAGCCACCGAUCCCUGGCAGCCAACGCCGAAGCGCACGGCGACUAUCUCGGGGUCAACCCCGGUACGAGACUCUUGCAGUUCGCCUCGUACGACUUUGAUAUCAGCACGAUAGAGUCCUUCUCUACUUUCGUGCAUCUGGGCUGCGUGUGCGUCCCUUCAGAGGAGGAGAGGCUGAACGCAACGACAGAUGUCAUCAACCGCUUCGCUGUUCACUUCAUGAACAUCACGCCGUCGACGGCCAAGGCAAUCCGCCCAGAAGACGUGCCCGACGUUUCCAUCCUCGUUCUGUCUGGGGAGAAUGUCACCAAAGAUGCCGUCGACAGAUGGAAAACCCACAAGUGCCAAGUGCUCAACUGGUAUGGCUCGGUUGAGAACACUGGGACGAUUUGCGAUGCCGGUGGUGACGACUGGUACACAGGAGUCGUCGCCCGGAUCUCGCUCAAGCAACCAGUCCUGUGUUGGCUCAUCGACCCGAGAAACCACGACAGGCUAGUGCCGUUUGGUGCCGUCGGUGAGAUCGCCCACGAGGGGCCACUGAGUGCUGUCGGUUACGUUGGCAACGAGACCCUGACGGUACAGAAGUUCCGCAAUAACCCAAUAUUCCUCACGUCUGGCCACGGCUCCACGACCGGAAGGCGCAAUACCAUAUGCUGCUCCGGAGAUCUGGGACGGUACGAUAACCUCGGCAACCUGGUGUACAUGGGCAGGAAAGACGCCCAGCUCAAGAUCCGCGGCCAGCUUGUGGCCCCUGAAGAGGUACAGCGCCACGUCCAAGAGUACGUGCGGAAGUCGCUUGCGCUCCCUAAUGGCUCUGAAGAUAUCCGAGUGGUGGUAGACGCCAUAAAGUCCCAGUACAACGACACCCUGCACCUGGUGGCUUUCUUGGGUCUAGCGAGCGAGGAAGAAGUCCAGACAGCGACGACUGGUCUCAACGAAUGGCUGAAGAGGGUGCUGCCUGUAUAUGCCAUCCCGGUAUACUACAUACCAGUCCCAGAGUUCCCCCUGAACGCAAACCGCAAACUAGACCGCAAUCGUCUCCGCGAGAUGGGCACAUCCUUUGACCCGUCCCGUCAGGCAUCAAGUGUCAAGAAGCGAGGUCCCACUACGCAGGCGGAGAAGAGGCUUGCGCAGUUAUGGUCUCGUGCUCUAGGCAUCGACGUCGACUCGAUCACAGCCAGCGAUAGCUUCUUGCGGGUGGGCGACUCCAUCCAAGCUAUGCGUCUGGUCGGUAUCGCGCGGCAGGAAGGACUGUUGCUUUCAGUGGCCCAGGUCUUUCAACACCCAACACUGGAGGAGAUGGCCAAAGUGCUAAAGAAUGCGAAAGGCAGUGGCGAGAAAGACACCAUAGCCCCCUUCUCACUUCUGAAUCCGGAUCAAGACGUCGACACUGCGCGUGGAGUCUCUGCGUCACUGUGUGGUGUUAGCAAGGAAGACAUCGAAGACCUUUUCCCUUGUACGCCGUUACAGGAAGGUCUUCUUGCUCUGAGCGUGAAGCGCCAAGGGGACUACAUUGGUCGCAACAUACUAGAGCUUGACCCAUACGUCGACCUUGACCGUUUCAAGAAAGCCUGGCUCCAGACUGUCGAAGCGAUUCCGAUCCUCCGAACGCGCAUCGUUGACCUCCCUGGUCAAGGUUUAGUGCAAGCACACAUCAAGACACCCGAAUGCCCCUGGACAGAAGCGAGCGGCGUAGAUGAAUAUGUUACCAUGGAUAGCAACUCUCUUACAGGUCUGGGAUCACCACUGAUGAGAUGCGCCCUCUUCACUGACUCCAAAGUUGCCUUGCUUUCAAAUGGUUCCACAUAUGGAUCUGCAGUUCCCAACGGCCACGCCCCUGAAGCUGCGUGGUACUUCGCACUGACACUGCAUCAUUCCAUCUACGACGGUCUGACCACUCCCUUGAUACUCGAGACCCUGCAUGAUUUCUACAACGGCACCGCAUCUCAGCGCCAUUACAAUCUCCAACCUUUCGUCAAGUACAUCCGCAGCCAAGACAAGGAGAACGUAGUCAAGUUCUGGAAGACCUGGUUUACCGAUCUCAAGGCGGCACAAUUCCCCACCCUGCCGUCCUCGACAAAGCUCCCUCAGACAGACUCAACGCUGAUGCAUCGAAUCGAAGAUGUUGCUUGGCGAACGGAUGACAUCACACCAUCCACGCUGAUACGCGCCACGUUGGCUAUCAUCAUCUCCCAUUACUCACAGUCACCCGACGUCAUACUGGGAGAGGUUUCGGCCGGUCGCAAGAUUCCCAUAGAUGGCAUCGAAAGGCUUGCUGGCCCGACGAUAGCUACCGUACCCGUGAGAAUCAAACUGGAGAAGAAUGCAACAGCCGGGAAGCUUCUCCCAGAACUGCAGCGGCAGGCAGUGGAGCUGAUCCAAUACGAACAGACCGGUCUGUCAGCGAUCCGCCAAAUUAGCGACGAAGCAGCCCAUGCUUGCCAGUUCCAGACACAGUUGGUUGUCCAGUCCGCCGAGGAAAACGUGCAACUGACCGAAGGCGGGCUCUUCGUCUCUGAAGCAAGUCACCAAGCGACCGAGGAUGGGGAUGAUGCACGAUACCACGGCUUCCAAUCCUAUGCGCUAUCUGUGAUUUGCACACCAGGCGACCAUCAGCUCGGCCUACGCUUCUUGUUCGACUCAUCCGUGAUCAAGAGUGAGACGGUCCAGAGGAUGGCGCAGGACUUUGAGCAGGUGUUCAAGAAGUUGUGCUCACCUGACCUGGACGAGGCUAUUCUCGGGGAAAUCAGUCUCACGACGGACGAGGACCUGAACCAGAUCUGGAAAUGGAACUCUCAAGAUUUCGGUACCGUCGACAGGUGUGCUGCAACCUGGAUCGUGGAGCCGGAGAACAGCGAACGCCUCGCCCCUAUCGGUGCAAUCGGAGAAUUGUGCUUGGAGGGUCCCCUCGUGGGCCAAGGAUGUAUGAGAGACCCUGAGUUGGCAGCCAAGUGCUUCCUUCAGGACCCCGAGUGGCUACUACAGGGAAGUCCUGAUGGUAGUGUGCCCGGGCGAAGCGCUCGCUUGUACAAGACGGGGAAUCUUGUCAGGUACAACCCUGCCAACGGUAACGGUACUAUAAUCCAUCUUGGGAAGAAAGCUAGACAGGCGAUGAUCAAGGGGCAGAAAUUUGAUCUCGCCGAGGUUGAGCGUCAGGUUAGGGAUUGCUUCCUCGCAGUCGCGAGCAAUCGAGUCAAGCGUCCUGGAGAUAUUGUCGUGGUAGCAGAGGUGGUGACGCCCCGUGUGACUGGCCGAGAGACCAUCGCCGUCUUCAUACAACUUUCCUGGGACUCAUCAGGUGAAAAACUCGAAUUAAACCUUGAUGAUGUCGUGGACGGCCUCGAGAGCCACGUAAGAGAGCACUUACCCGCCUACAUGAUUCCGGGCGCAUAUGUUCCUAUGCAGGAAAUCCAUGUGACUGCAAAUGGGAAGACAGGCCGCAAGGCCCUGCGCGAGUUAGGGGCAGAAUUGACGUUGAAACAACUGGCCGAUAGCCAAGGUCGUGCGGAUACGGACAACCAGCCGCCUCUCACCGACCGCGAACUACAGCUUCGGGAGCUUUGGGUAGCAAUCCUGGGCGUGUCAUCGGACCAGAUCCAAUGCGACAGUAACCUCCUACUCCUGGGAGGUGACUCCAUCUCGGCAAUGCGGUUGGCUGCGUUAGCACGUAGUCGUGGCAUCUCUCUCACGGUCCAGAGCAUUCUCCAGACACCUCGGCUGAGAGACAUGGCGGAGGCCAUGAUCAAGAUAGACCCAUCGAGCAAAGAGUCUGCCAGUGCUGGGGCAAACACGCCAUUCUCGUUGCUGAAACAUACUGCGGCCGCAAGCAAGGACGUGACUCUUAGCUACAUCGCCAAACAUUGCGGCGUUGAGGUAUCGCAGAUUGAGGAUGCGUUUCCAUGCACCAGCGUGCAGAAGUCGUUGCUAUCCAUGACAGCAAGAUCUGACAGCCAGAACUCCUAUGUCGCCAGAUUUUCGAUACCACUUCGGGCCGACAUCGACCUGGACCGGCUCAAGAACGCGUGGGAGUACGUAGGCAGAGACAUUGCGCCCAUUCUGCGAUACAGAAUAGUCGACCUUCCAGCAGAGGGACUCGUUCAAGUGCAAGUCAACGAGAAAUUAGAGUGGGACACGUAUAGCGAUGUCGACACGUACCUGAACAUCGACCGGGGGAGGCCCAUGGGCUUGGGCACGCGGCUGACUCGGCUUGGACUGAUCGGAGAUGCCAGCAAGGGGACGGUAUCCUGCUCCGUGACGCAACAUCAUGCGAUAUACGACGGCUACUCCGUGGACAUGCUGCUCGCCGAGGUUUUCAAUGCCUAUUCCGGGCUUGUCAACAAAUUCGCCAUCGCACCAUUCCAAGCCUUCAUCAAGGAUAUGAUGGAUACCAGCCAUGAAGAAGCAACAGACUUCUGGCGGCAGCAGUUCGCAGAGUCGGAGGCCGUCCCGUUUCCCACCUUGCCCCACGACGACUACAGACCCAAAGCAAACAGCACGCUUGAACGCGACGUCGCCAAUUUCAAGUUCCCCAAGGGCGACUACACCGCGUCAACUGUCAUCAGAGCAGCAUGGUCGAUCCUCACCGCCUGCUACACCGAUAACAAAGACGUUGUCUUCGGCGCCAUGGUCACUGGGCGACAGGUCCCAAUCGUUGGUAUCGACCGCAUGAUCGCACCCCUGAUCAGUGCAGUGCCAGUACGCGUUAAGUUCGACCCGAAGCAGAGCGUUGCUGGACUGCUUCGCGACAUUCAGCAGCAAGCUGUGGAUAUGAUGGCGUAUGAGCAAACAGAGCUCCUCGACAUCCGGCGCAUCAGUGUCGAGGCCGAGCGAGGGAGCCGUUUCAACACCCUCCUUGUGGUGCAGCCAGUGGGCAAAGUCGAAUAUGCCGACAAGGAGGGCAGUCCGUUCCAGGGCCAGCCGGUCCACCUGUCCAGCAGUGAUGGACUAGACGACUUCAAUCCCAAUGCGGUUAUGAUUAUGCUACAGCCGACCGACACGAGCGGUCUGCACUUCGAGAUCAGCUUUGACUCCACCGUCGUCGAUCAGGUGCAAAUGGAGCGGAUGGCAGGGCAAUUCGAACACAUCCUGCGCCAGCUCAGUGUAGUGUCUGUAGAGACCGCCGUUGAGGAUGUGGACACUAUCAGCGAGCAGGCUAUCAGGAAGUUGUGGGAGUGGAACAACACCGUUCCUGAAGCCGUCAAAAAAUGCAUACACGAUCUCAUCGGCAGAACAAUACAGCAACAGCCCCGGGAACCAGCCAUCUGCGCGUGGGACGGUGACCUGUCCUACGCUGAUCUUGGUCGGCUUUCCGGUCAGCUGGCUUCACAUCUAGCUGCUCGUAGUGCUGGUCCUGGAAGUAUCAUCCCACUGUGCUUCGAGAAGUCCAUGUGGUAUCCGGUCGCAGCACUAGGAGCGAUGAGAGCCGGCGCGGCUUGUGUGGCUAUGGAUUCGACGCAGCCCGAGGAGCGUCUAAGGUCUAUCGUGCAGCAGAUCAAUCCGAAGUUCAUACUUGCGUCUGCGAGCAACGAGGCGUUGGCAAGCCGGCUUGCUGAUGCUGAGGUGGUUGUGGUUGACCGGAGUCAUAUGGAGCAUUAUGAAGGAGCUGUUGCUGGCCAAGAGGUUUCGUCCGAGGUGUCUUCAUCCGACACGUUGUAUGUCGUCUUUACCAGUGGAUCCACAGGUGUGCCCAAGGGCAUAGUGACAACCCACGAGAGCUUCGCCUCUGCCGCGACCCACCAGCGCGAUAUUCUUCGCAUCCGCCCCGGGACCCGUGUUUUCGACUUCGUCUCAUACAACUUUGACGUCUCGUGGUCGAAUCACCUACAAACACUCAUUUGCGGAGGCUGCCUCUGCAUUCCCUCCGAGACACAGCGCAAAAAUGACAUCGCCGGUGCCCUCAAUCGCAUGCAAUGCGACUAUACGUACUUCACACCGUCGGUGGCGAAAUCGCUCGAUCCAUCCACGAUGACGGGACUCAAGAUCCUGGCCAUGGGAGGCGAGGCGAUAUCCAGCAAGGAGGUUGUGCGGUGGACGCAAGUAGAGACUAUCAUCGGCAUCUACGGACCAGCAGAGUGCGCCCAAGCUCUGUCCUUUGCUCUCCUCAGCGCGAAGACUCCAAAUGGGCAUAUUGGACACUCUUACGGCGCCAAUACAUGGCUGGUCCAGCCCGGACGUCCUGGGCACCUCGCAGCCAUUGGAACUGUUGGAGAGUUGAUGAUCGAGGGCCCGACUGUCAGCAACGGCUAUUUCGGGGAACAACUCGCGGAGAGGACCUUGGCAUCCUACAUCCACAGUCCGAAGUGGCUUUCCAAGGGAACAAUCGGGCAUCCCGGACGGCGUGGCACGCUUCACAUGACUGGUGAUCUAUGUCGUUACAACUCAGACGGAUCUUUGGACUUUGUUGGUCGCAAGGACGGAAUGAUCAAGCUUCGAGGCCAGCGUAUCGAGCUGACGGAAGUUGAGCAUCACGUCCAUGCUUGUCUCAACGACACCAAUCUCUGCGCCGGUCUUGUCGCGGAGAUCAUCACACCGAAGAACGGCCGCAGUCCUCUCCUUGCAGUCUUCUUGGGCCUGAGUACAGAGAAAGGGAUGAGACUCACACCGGAAGAGACUCGGCUCAGGCUCAAUCUUGCUCUGGCAGGCAUGGAAGAGAAACUAUGGGAUCGUGUGCCCCAGUACAUGGUACCAGGGGCGUACAUCCAAGUGAGCGAGAUUCCGACGACCACCACCAACAAAACGGACCGACGAAAGCUGCGGGAGCUCGGCAACUCCAUGACGUUGGAGCAGCUCGCAGAAAUACAGCCGCAAGGCAAAGAGCGGCAACCCCCGUCAACCCAGAUGGAGAAACGGCUGCAAGCUCUGUGGUCUUCCGUUCUAGAGAUCAACGCGGCGAGUAUCGGUGCCGACAGUAGCUUCCUCCGAAUCGGUGGCGAGUCCAUCGCCGCUAUGCGACUGGUGGUCGCGGCGCGCGAGCAGGGGAUCGCUCUCACGGUCGCCAAUAUCUUCAAAACGCAGCGCCUUUCUGACCUGGCGCUCGUGGCAAGGGAGAUGGUUGGCAAAGAGGACCUGAAAUCACUAACGCCUUUCUCUUUGCUUAACAAAGGCAGCCCUCAAGACUUCCUCAACAAUUUCGUCUUGCCCGUUCUAGACCCUCAUGUCGGCACAGUCCGGGACGUGAUCCCAACAACGGACUUUCAAGAUAUAUGUAUCCAACAGGCGCUGCAAGAUCCACCUGACAGAUGGCCAUGCAUGAUUUACGAUCUGCCGGCACAUGUCGACUUUCCGAGACUGGAUGUGGCAUGUAGGAAAAUGGCGGAUUACUACGACGUAUUCAAGACCGUCUUUGUCCAAGCAGAAGGCCGAUUCUGGCAAGUACUUCUUUCCGAUCACAAGCUGGCGUACGACUACCUCGAUGCCGCAGAUGAGGAUCUGGCUGCAUUCACAGACGCUAUCUGUGAGGAAGACAUCAGAAGACCCCGAAAGCUGGGCCACUCAUUCAUCCGCUUUGUGGCCGUCAGGCACAACUCUGGGCAGCACAAGCUCGUCAUCCGGAUCUCGCAUGCCCACUUUGAUGGCUUCAGCUGGGGUUCUGUUCUCGAUACCAUAUCUUCCUUCUACAUGGGAAACACUCUGGACAUGACACCUAGCUUCUCCCAUUACAUAGCGUUCCAAAAUUCAGUCAAGGAUCAGAUCCUCUUGUACUGGGCCGCGAGACUUAAGGGAUCAUCAUACCCAUGGUGGAGCGUCGGAGACUCAACUACUCGUGUCUAUAGCCCGGCCGACAGGCUCGAGAUCAAAGAAUACCUCCCAAAGCUGGACAUGUCGCUCCGCGAGGGGGUUCCCAUCGCGACAGUCUUCCAUGCUGCCGUAUGCCUGGCACUAUCCCGCCAACUCAACCAAAAAGAAGUCAUCGUAGGCCGACUAGUAGUCGGCCGGUCCAUGCUCCCAGGCAACCUCCAAAAUAUCGUCGGGCCUACAAUGACCGAGAUACCGAUCCGCGCCACGGUCGACGACCACACCACGUUGGCCGAGCUUGCACGACUUCUGCAGAGCCAGUUCAUCGACGACGCCGCCCACGAGACCGCGGGCAUGGAGCAGAUCAUUAGGCACAGCACGACGUGGCCGGACAAGACUAGGGAUUUCGGCUGGCGCACGGCGUUCCAACAGCAGGAGGAUGGAGGGUUUGAGUUCCUGGGGGAGCCGAGUGCUGUUGCGUACUACCAGAGGCCCAUGCCGCCUCGGUCGCGCCCGGAGGUGUAUGCUACGCCUAUGGAAGAUGGGACAUUGGAGGUUUUGUUCGAGGGCAAUGUUGCGGUCGUCAGCGAGGAGAGUGUGAGGGGAUUCUUGGCUUUGCUGAGACGCGAAUGGGCGGGAUAUUAA